AUGGAGACAUUCUCGGUGAUCCCGUCUCCGAAAGUGUCCGACACUGUGGUUGAGCCAUACAAUGCCGUCUUGAGCUUCCAUCAGCUGGUCGAGAACUCUGAUGAGUCGUUCCUGCUCGAUAACGAAGCUCUCUACGACAUCUGCUUCCGCACGCUGAAGCUUACUACACCUACCUACGGAGACCUGAACCACCUGGUCUCUGCGGCGAUGAGUGGUGUGACUUGCUGCUUGCGCUUCCCCGGGCAGCUCAACUGUGACUUGCGCAAGAUCGCGGUGAACUUGGUCCCCUUCCCACGGCUGCACUUCUUCAUGACCGGCUUUGCACCUCUGACCUCUCGCGGCUCCCAGCAGUACCGGGCUUUGACCGUGCCCGAGUUGACCCAGCAGAU